GGGCGGCGCCAGGCGCUGGGGCCCAGGUUUGUGUACGAGAACAAGAAUAUGUCUUCUCCUAAAGUCUACGUCCUGCAGCCUUGGAUUGCCAACCUCUUGGUGAAUUACGAGCAGCUGGAUGCCAAUGAGAAUCUCUUGGCCGGGCAGGUCCUGCGGGUUUUGAGUGACUCAACUGCUCCAGGCCAACCUGGGGUCCUCCAAGAUGCUGUCCUACAGGUCUCAGAUGGGUCCUACUACAUCCGCGUGGUCAUUACGUCCGAAGCUCUGCAGGCGGAGGAAAACACCCACAUGCAGCUCAGGCUUUCCAGCCUUAUUUGCAGAAUUAUCGUCUUGCAGAAGUACACGGUGUGUUUCCGGGAGGAGGCCAGACUGGAGGACUGCGAGUUUUACCUCACGGCCCAGCGGUUCAUCGUGCUGCCCAUGGAGAGGCAGAGGUUGGAGUCAUCCGACGGGAACCAGGAGCCCUCUGUGCUGCAGAAGAUAAAGGAGCUGUGGCUGAGGAGUCUGGCUCUGAAGAACGCUCCCAGCUCAGAGCCAUCCAUCUCUCAGCUGAUCGAUGCCAUAGGACAGAACCAGCUGAAGUUUUGAAGGAAAAUGCUGAAGAAUGCUUGGAUUUACGGAUGCCCAAGGA